AUGCUAUACAUUUAUAACUACGUCGUAUGUAGCUUCUUAAGAUCUGACUACCUCGCUUUGCUCGUGUGGUUUGCUGCAGGCGUGCUGGUCUCCUCGGCGCUUCCCGGAGCAGAGGCGAUAAGCGAGGCGGACAAGCAGCGCGCCGUGAAGGCGGGCCUCGCGUUCGUCAAGGCCGUCCUCGCCAUGCUCUUCCCGCCGCCCACGCCUGCCGCCAGUCAGUGCCUCCCUCACCCUCCUCUAUACGCCUAUCUUGGAGCUUCGCUCU